GGACGAGGAGGCGUGCAGUGUGUGUGUUUGGUAACCUGCGGAAGAAACAAAAGCAACACUACAGAAGUUUUGGCUAAUACGGGAAAAAAAAGAACGAAAGAAGAGGAAAAUAGUAGACCCAGACAGUAGAGCCAUCAAAGUGUGUGUCAGGGAGUGCCGUUAUAAAGGCAAAACUCCCGACUGACUACUACUACUACUACUACUACAUGUUCACGGGGACGGCAGGAAAAAAAGGCCCAGAGUAAACAGCAGUUGUUCCGUUCUGAGGCGCUCCUAAGAUAGACAGCCACUUCUCAGGUCAGGGGGAGGUGGCGGCGUCCCGGGGCAGCCUGUGAGCCAAAGGAAGGAAGCUGUCUAACAAGUGAUCGUGUUUCAUGCACACGUUUUUGUCAGUCUGAAAGCUGUGCGUCCUAUCCAUAGGGUGCAAAGACAAGAAGACCUGCCAGUGUGUGUCCUCACUUGUGUGUCUCUGGACUGUGAGUGUGUGCAGGCGCAGCGAUGAGUGAGUGCCAGGCGUGGUCGCGGCUGGAGGGUGUGCUGGAGAGGCUGGGAGAGGUGGAGGAUGGGGGUGUCAUGUUAGUGGUUAGAGAUGACACACUGCUCCACAAGCUACACACUCACCUCCACAGACAGCUGCUAUGGGCCAGGGAUACAGGACAAGACUGGGGACAGAAGGAAACACUACUACGCUUUAUCCAGACAUUGUUGGACCCUUCAGUCACUGCCAACACCGGUAACUCUGCUAGCGUAGCUUUGGCCCUCCAUGUGUUGGCGUCCCUUGUCACGGUGGAGCCAGACUUCAGCACAUUUGAGGAGAGCAAGGCACUGUCCCUGUUCCUGUUAUCCUUGCCAAGGGUGAGGAGUGAGCCCAGCCUGGCAUCCCCAGCUCUGUCCCUCGCUAUGGCCUUCAUGGCUCACCCCAAUGGUCUCUUCUGGCUCGUCAAGAAUGGUAUCUGGGAGAAGAUGCUCCUGCCAUGCCUCCGCAGCCCCAGCAUCUUUGUACAGCGAGAGGGAGUCAAUGUUAUUGCGGCAUUUAUACUUCAGCUUAUGGACACGCAGCACUUUGAGGGCCUGGUGAAGGAUCUGUACCUUCUUGUGGACAAGUUCUGUGAGCUUCAGAGUCACAUGGGGAGCACUGCUGAGGCUGAGGAGCUGCGGCAGACUAACCUUAGGGUGCUCAAUGUGUUCAAGCAGCUGUACUGGCAGACGCUGGGCAAGUCCGCAGUUUACUCCAAAAUCCGCAACAUAGAAGACCUGAACAGCCGCCUCCUGCCCAUCCUGCAAUACAAAGUCUGCAUGAGCUCGGCCACUGGCUUCACCGACCUGCUCAUCCUCAACAUGCUGCACAAGUUCCAGGAGAAGCUCAUCAAGUACGGCAUCGUGGAACAGUUUCUUCUGGAUUCCCUGUGUGCUGACAUGAUUGCCCUCACCCGCAUGCUGCUGGAACGCGGCUACAUGGACGCUUUUGUCAGGUCAUCGGCAAACAUCCACAAGUACUGGGCAGUGAUGACGGCCAACAUGAAGGAGAAACACAACAUUGAUCUCACGUCUGUGGAGGCCCUGCUGCACAUUGUGACUGCCUUCCAGGUCAGUUCACUGCUGGCACUUUACCAGUCGUGCUUGGAGGUGAUGAUCGAGGUGUGGCCGGAGAAGCUGAAGAUCAUGAAUCGCUGGAGGGAUGAGGUGCACAGCCGCAUCAAGACCAAGGAGGAAGUCAAGAAUGAGGCUGGGAGGCUUGAGAGGCAAAUGGUGGCAUCGUUCUGCAAAGACUCGCUGGACACUGUACUCGUGGCCAUGACCUGCAUCAAUGCCGUCAUCGCCAACGCAGACCACCUCAAUCCUGCCUGUGCUGUGACGCUGUUCCAGGGGCUGACCUUCAUGAUGUGUUCCCAAGCCUCGCCGUCCUCCCCCAUGAGACACCAUGUGGGACUGCAGAGGGCUGUCAUAGAUAGCCUGAGGGUGCUAGUGGAGAAGUUCAACAUAGACUGGAGGAAGUGUUACGCAUCCGUGUGCCUGAUGGGGAAGCUGUGUGACAUGGCGCAGAUCCCUGGCCUCUCCUCACAGGUGAAGGUGUGCUCUCUGAAGGCCAUGAACACCUGCAUCAACGGCUUCCUUCCCCCGGUGAUGUCCAUGCUGGUGAACAGUGGCAGCUUGGAGCACAAUAGUGUGGAGCAGCUGGGCCAGGUGUUGGCGUUGUACCUGGGUGACAUGGAGUGGGAGGUGCGAGACUCUGCCCUCGAGGUUGUCAUCACUUGCAUGAAGCUGGCCAAGGAAAAGUACCCUCACUUCGUGGACUGGCUGCUGCGUCACCACCUCAACACUGCCGUCAUCACCGCUCUUGGGGAUGUAGAGGGCUACGUCAGGGCCAGCGCCUUCACCGUCCUUUCCAACAUCAUCUCCAUCGACAAGGUUUGGUGUGAGCUGCAGGAUGAAAAUCUGCCUCACCGAGCUCUGUCUGCCGCACUGACCGAAGGGGAGGCGUCCGUAAGAAGGGCCGCACUCAUACUGGUGCAGGAGCUGUUCCUUGCUGGGAAGUACAGUGAGGCUGAAAUGAGCAGUCUGGUGGUGCGAGUGGUGCAGCACUGCGGCGAGGACCCAGACGAUGAGGUGAGACUGGCUGCCCUCGACUUCAUCCAUGCACACAUCCUCUGGUCACUCAACAAGGCUGGCAUGGUAGAUGGUGAGUUUCCGUCCGUCACAUUCAGCCGAGGCAAGAUCAUCAAGCUGGAUUCUGAGGAGGUGAAGAGCCGGGUGGUGGAUGUGCUGACCUGGAUGUGUGAUUGUGGGUACCUGUGUGUUCUUCUGUCGGGCCGUCGUGACCUGGUUACCCCGGUGGCUGUGAGGGCGAGGGACGUCUUCUGCUUCCUCAAUGACCUUGUGACCCGAUACCACAUUACCCAGGAAGACAGCGGUGGGGGAGGUCAAAGCAGAAUAGGAGUGGGUAGAAGCCGAGGCAGUGCAGGACAAGAGAAGAAGCAACAAUCACCUCCGCCUCAGCCCACCAAGGAGUCAACAAAGGCACCACCAGAAGAGACAGUCACCAGCCACCUCGACCAGAUAGACAAGACCAUCAAUGAAAUACUGAGCUCGUCGGCGCUGGAAAAUGUGGCUACAAUAAGGCGUCAGGAACACCCCAACAACCUGCACUGCGUUCCCUCUCCUUCCUCCCCAAUCUCCCCAAAGAAGAUGGUUCUCACUCCCAAGGAGAUACCCCCUGCCUGCCCUGCCCUGCCCCUCACCUCCCUGCUACAGGCAUGCUCCACCCUCUGCCAGCCCUCCUGCGCCAAGGCAGAUGAGAGGUACCAGAUCAUGGAAAUGAUCUCUCUUCUUGACGACAUCCUUCUGGAGGGUGAGCGGCAGCAGAGCCACUUGGAUGACCAGCGGCUGAGGGACUGUUACUGAGCCUCAGCCUCAUCCUGUACUACAAGUGUUGGCUGUGGUUGAUCUGUAGGUAAUGGUGUGUAUAGUACUAUGGGCAGCUGGACCUGUUAUAAAAUAGUAGGUCACAACUCUUAGCUGCAGCUUAACCCAUCUUAUCUUUUUACUGGGCACUGCUUUGUUUCAGCGAGUCUGUUGAAAACAAUGCUAUCCUCUUAGUUUUAUUACCUGUAACGUGCUUAUAGUGACAGCAUAAGAGGGGAAUUUCCUUAUUUUCUUGUUGGUAAAUAACAAUGAGUAUAUGGAUUGCAUUUGUUCUCCCCUGUUGGUGAAAACAUAUCAAGAAAAUGUGUUCUAGCACAGUCUAUAGGAAUGACAUGUCAAAGCUGUUGUGAGCAUUGUUUUUGUCAAUCCCUGGAAUAGAUGAGUGUUGCUUGCUAGUUCUAGAAAGAGCUUGGGGUAUGGUCAGUAGUUUGUAUGCACUACCUUUGUACUACUCAUCACAAAAAAAUGUAAAUUAAGCCAGCCCGUCUUUAUUUUGGAGAUGGCUGGGGUGGUGCAGAUGUGGCUUCUGCCCUUGGAAGCAGGUCUGGGGUAAGCUUUCAGAGGGUUCUGCAUGUGACCCCUGGAACAUUCUGAGCCUCGCGGAGGAUCACAGAUUGCCUCACUCAUUGAAUGAUCUCAAAAGGCUGAAAGUGGAUAAAAUGGGACUGAAAUGAGCCUGAGUGGCAAUAUCAGAAUUUUGGGAUACACCCAUUAUUGGCCCAGCAUGAGCAAUGAUACCUAUUUUAUGGGCAGUAGCUACUGGCAUCACCAGCCAUUCACUUUCAAAGUUACUAUAGUUGAUGAGCACAUAAUACAAGUGAGGCUGAAGCUUAUUUUGAUGCCUUUUACUGCAAUUUAUGUUCCUACGAAGAUACAUGAACGAGACGAGUGACUCCCUCAGGAUGCAUUCCUUAUCUUGGCAACUUCAAUACUACUACUGGCUGGGCACGCUGGCCAGGAGUUGUGUGUUGGUGCCUGGGAUGGUACCAGGAGCACUAAUAGUUCUCUCAUUUUGAAUUUUGUGAGAUCCAAAAAUUCAUACAAAUGCAGUAUUCUGUCAUGGAUUUGCAAUAAAAAAAUUCAAAUCAUGCCAACGCACAGUACAAUUUAAAUCUGAAUUCCACUACUCGAGGUGAAGACCCAAUAUUUGUGCCUUUGUUCACCUGCACUGUGAUUAUACACAUAAGGUUGCUACUUUUUAGUGUCAAGUUUAUUUUUCAUUUUAGGGUAAAAAUCAUCAUCAUCAUCAUCAUCUUGCCAUUACUAGUCCACUGCAGGACAAAGGCCUUUCCCAACAUUCUACACCUCUGUCUGAUGUUAAGCACUAGUGCCCUGGGUAAUAGCAGGCUAAAACUAAGGACCAGUUUAUAAUGAGUUCCUAUUGUUAAUGAUUGUAUUCCUUUGACUUUUAUAUUUUUGAGCAAUAAAUGAAUAUAUUUAA